GAGAGCCUUCUUCACCCUUUUCUUUAGUUACGAGAGGUUUUUCAAUUUCCUUCUUCGUUUCCUCUGCAAAUCCAAAAAAUGGAGUCAUCAGUAAAACCCAAUCCUCUCCUCUCUUUCUCCUCUUUCCUUCACCACCACUGUAAUCGAUUCGCCUCCGACCUCUCCGCCCGAAUCGAAGACACCAAACGUUUCGCCGAAACCCUAACUACUCGACGCUUCUCUCCUCCCUCUCCGUUCGCCUCCGUUUCACAGUCCAAGCCUUCUUCCACUGCUGUAACCUCCUCGACUACAUUGAAUCCAUCUCAUGUCGCUAAAGCUCUCGCUGGCACCUCUGUGUUCACUGUCAGCAACACCAAUAACGAGUUCGUUCUUAUCUCCGAUCCUACCGGCGACAAGUCUAUCGGUUUGCUCUGUUUCCGGCAAGAGGAUGCUGAAGCUUUUCUUGCUCAGGCGCGCCUUCGGAGAAGAGAACUGAAAACAAAUGCUAAGGUUGUUCCCAUUAAUCUGGACCAGGUGUACUUAUUGAAAGUUGAGGGGAUUUCUUUUCGCUUCUUGCCAGAUCCAAUCCAAAUAAAGAAUGCAUUGGAGCUCAAAUCCUCAGGUAGUAAGAAUGGGUUUGAUGGAGUUCCGGUAUUCCAGUCUGAGCUUCUUGUUGUGAGGAAACGAAAUAAACGUUACUGCCCUGUCUAUUUCAGUAAGGAAGAUAUAGAGAGGGAACUAUCAAAGUAUACAAGAGCAUCAAGAGGAGAUCAACAAAUUAUGGUUGGGAGUCUGGAAGAUGUCUUGAGGAAAAUGGAGAGGAGCGAGAAGAAUUCAGGUUGGGAAGAUGUAAUAUUCAUUCCACCAGGAAGAAGUUAUGCACAACACAUGCAGGAGGUGAUUCAAGAGUAAAAAAGACGAGAGACACAGUUUGUGUAUUUUUAUUUGAUAAAACAGCUUUUCUUUUGAUAUUUUGCAAUAUCAUCAUUGCAGAGCUCAACACAGUUUCAGUAAUCUUUUUUUCGUUUCUUUAUCUUAACACACACCAUUCACUCUCUUGGUUCUUACAUACCCAAAACCUAUAUUUGUUUGUACGGAUAAAAUGGUGAAUGGUGUAUUGGUUUAAGGUUAUGAAGCUGUAAUCCAUUUUCAA